AGUGGCCACCUUUGUCGUAGGUCCUCGAAGGUCCUGCCCGUGUAGGACCAGGACCAGUUUUUUUGUUACCUACGUUUCUCGCGCUCCUCGAGGGGCGAACGAGAGAAGGACAGAUCGAUAGACCGGCGGCCAGUGUGCUCGCUCGGCUGCUGCGUAAGGGUGCGUGAACGGUGCGUGUUCGGCGUGCGAAAAAGGAACGCGGGACGCGGUUAUCGCGACGGGGUGCGGCCGAGGAUGGUCAAGGCCCCGAUCAUGGGACCCCCAGCCGGCAGCCAGGGGAACAGGAAGAUCCACCCGGGGCCCGAGAUCGCGAUGAAUCCCCGUAAUCUGCCGACGGCGAACGCUCCUACACCCCCGGGCAUCAGACCAGAUGGCAAUUCGUUCGGCAAGGCCACCUCGAUCUUCAGUCCCCAGGUGGACGUCUCAACCCAGGUGGAUCUCCAUGGCGGUUUCGGCGCAUCCGGCGGCAACAUUAGCAUCGACUGGGAUCGCCGUGCGACCCCGCUCUACUCCCGCGAGGACAUCAAAGAGCAGUAUUGCAUAACCAGCCGGCAAUUGGACGCUGUCGAGAAAUCCGAGGGCGGGUUCUUCGGUUGCCUGUCGACCCGCGGCCCGUCCCCUUGCAGCAACGCGCGUACCUCGAUACUAUCCGCUUGCGUAAGAAGCGUGCCCAGCGACGAGAACCUCUGCGACGCCCCCUAUCCCCGACGACCCCUGCAGAUCAUGUACCGUCAGCCUCACCCGAGCUAUCCGAGGGGCUUGUACCGUUACGACUUCGAGGACGAGGCCGACUGGAUCGAGAGUUCCUACUUCCGGCGACGACCCAGAUCCUUCUGCACCGUCUCCGAUCCGAAGAGGUACACCUGGCUUCCGGAGGAUGAGGAAUCGACGAAACUCGAGGGUCCCCGGCCGGUACUGCCCCCUGCACCCCCGCCGCCCUCGUCGCAAGCCCCGAAAACGAAACACGUGAGCUUCGCGAGGUCGCACACGCUCACGUCCUUCGACGUGCCCAGGAGCGGUAGUCCUCCGAGGCCCCAGAACCAGGAACGGCUUAUAGACUCGCAGCCAACGAUGCAGAACACGAUGCUACCCUCGACCUUACCCUUGAUGCACCCUUACGCCGCCGCCGAGCCACGCGUUCUCGUCCUCGAAAAGCCACCGAAACGCGGCGCGAUGAAGACCCAGGCGACCCAGACGGAAAUCCCGGCCAUGUUCCGCGGUCGAGUACCCGUCAGCCUCAGCCCGCGAACGAUACACCGGGUGAAAAUGGUGUCCCAGGGCGCGCAGACCAACGGCCUCUUCAACGGACGAAAACUGACGAAAAGUUACUCGGAGGCUGGCCAGCUGGGCACGCCGUUGGGCAGCGGUCAAGGUGGCGCCACCGGCAAGGAGGAAACGGAACACGAGCCUUUGCACAGGACGCAGAGCGAGGAACCCCCGAGGUCCCCGUUCCUCGUCGACACGCCGCCCCCGCACGCCGCCAGCACCCCCCUCGCCCUCGAGGAAGUUCUGACCAACGGGGACAUCGAGCACAUGGCGAACCUCCCUGAAGAUCGACGAAGGUCCGUCGACUUGGAGGACCAAGAGAUCCUCAUAGACUUUAAGCCAGCGCCAGUGUCGCCGGAUGCCCGCGCCCUCCUCAACCGGAUAUCCCAGUCGACGAUGAGGUUUCUGCCGUUGCAGAAGACCCUCUCCGACGGCGAGAUCCGCGUGGAGAGACGCGAGCUAGUUGGCGAGGCCGGCGAGCCCAGCUAUCCUCACACCUGCAGAAGGAACCACCAGGACCCCUGGGGCAGGACCGUCAGAGCACCCGUCCAAUUCUCCUCCACGCCAGAGGAACUGUCCUUGCUCAGGGUAGUUUCGCCCCAUGACGAUCCCCCCGAAGAGGAGUUUCACGAGAAUCUCAUCCGGCGAGGACUUUUCCGCAAGAGAAGCGUAUCGCUCGAGGAUGGCGUGCAAGGUUUGACAUCGGAUGACUUUAUGCUGCCCAGAUCACUCCCCACGUCCCCCACGUCGCCGACCGCAGUACCAACAACGCGAAGGAUUUUGGAGAGUCCGCGGGAUUAUUUGUCGCCGUCGCAUCUGUUGCGCCAACCGGGGCAGACCUGCCCGUUGCUUUUCAGUCCUGGGACCGUCAUUUCCGGUCUGAUCACGUCCCCGUUCGCCUCGAGCGAUUCGUUGACCAACGACGUCACCAGGGACCACAGCGACGGAAUUUGGAACGAGUCACAGGCGACUGUUCUCCAGGCGGACUCGUUGGCCCUUCUGACACCGUCCUCGAGGAGGAGGCACCUCCUGCUCCUCCAGCACCAGCAACGCUCCUCGAUGGACACAGAGGCGCUGGAUGCAGAGGAGAUGAUGGAGUCGCGACCAUCCAGCCCCAGAAUACGCAUGGAACCAGCCACGCCAGUCCCGCCAUUAACCUCGAGGCAAUUACUCCUCAGCGUCGAAUCAUCCAUCACGUCGAGCAACGGUAGAUCGAGGAGCGGGUUCCGUCGUCCGAGCCCCGGCCCGCCGUUGUCGCAGCCGCAGUCGCAAUCGUCCAGCGAGUUCGGCAUGAGCCUCGCGCGAACGGAUUCCGGGGGUCGUACGAACACCGACCUAUCCGAGACCUCGACCACGGAGGACUACGUCACUGCCAACACGUCCACAGAGACUGGGACCACUACCGGGACCUCCGCCACGACCAGCUCCUGGUCCAGGCCCCCGCAGACGUCGAGCGCCGCGGCGUCCGCCUCCGCCACCGCCACAGCCGCCGACGGAAGCUCGUUCGAGAGCGCCAGCUCGAUAUACAGCCUGGCUCGAAGCGAGGCUGUUGUCGAGGAGCCGUGCAGCCCGCCACCGAUACUGGAGGAAACGGAAAUUCCAUUCGGAUUGGAGGUGCCGCCGUCCCCGGCCAGGUCCAGCAGCAGCAGCAGUUCAGGCAGUUACGACCUGAAAGACGCGAUGACAGAUCUGGGUCAGGAGCUAGAGCAGACUGCGCCUCUGAGCGGACACACCUCAGAAACGGAGCUGGAUCGUGACGAAGGUCACCGUUCGUCUUCCGGGGGUUACGCGGAGUCACCGCCGGAUCUACGCACCUGGAGCGAGGAGGAGCGUCGCAGACGACGGCGAAACUUCACCCUGGACUUCCUGGGCAGCGGGACGGAGGCUGAACGGGGCGCUGAGCUCUACACGGAGAACGCGGAGGUCAGCCCCACGCCUAGCCAUCGUCACAGAUUGCGGGGGAAGUCGACGAGCGCCAGGAGCCCGCACAGGAACAACAGGAAACGCGAGACGACCAACCAGCAGUCGACGCAGUCGCAACAACAGCAACAGCAGAUCACCAGGAGUCCCCAGAAGGAGGAUUGGAGGGUGGAAGCGGCCGAGGACGGCGGCCACGUGCCUACGUCGGACGAUUCCAGCUGCAGUCAUCAUUACCACAUGCACCAUCACCAUCAUCAUCAUCUGCACAGGGAGGGAGCCGACGGGGCAAGGCACAGAAGAACCAGAGAGAGUCCACGGAAAAAGACUGGUGGCUACGUGUCCGCCAGGAGGAGGAGCAACGAAUGGAGGUUUCCAGACAAGAACGCAGCCAUAACAGGCAGCCUGCCACGAAGAAGAUCACGCGCUGCGGACGACAUAAUGUGUUCGAGGCUGAGUCCAGGCCGUUAUCAACGCAGUCCAGGACACAACGGACAACGAGCGAUGAUUGUGGAGGCGCAGAGCCCAGAAGCGAGAUUAAAAGCUCUUUCAGCGGAGUCUUUGAGGUCUGUCAGUCCGGGCAGCGACAGUGUCUUUUACAGCGAGGGCGCGGACCAAUGUCUCACUGUCAGCGCCCUGGAGGCCCUACAGUGCCAUCACUGCGGCAGAGAGGUCUCGGAAGAGAUCGUUCGACCGCCGGCAGGUUUCGCGGACUCCCCGGAAGGGCACAGGGCGUCCUCGAAGCACGUGGCCGGGCACAGGCUGUACAAAAAGUUCGACAAAAGGUACCGAUCGGAGGAUCGCGGUGACAGGAGGCAUCGACGUAGCAGCGGCGGCAGAUCGGACGUCAGGGCGAAAUCCGAGGAGAGGGCUGCACCCAGACGUGGGAGCAGAGGAUCGAUCGACGAGACGGCCGCGGGCAGGAAAAGGCUUCAGGCGAGGAGCACGGACAUCAGUUUGGAAAUUCUUACAGGCCGGGAGGACGAGGACAGCUACGUGGAGCCGUACACGAGCAGCGAGUGGAUCUACAUCGGCGACCUCGAGGAGAGCCACGUGUGGAGGAGGGCGGACAACAAGGAUGGCGACGAGGUGGUGCCGGAAAGUGUCGCGAAAGAAAGAAGAAGUUCCCAGGAAUCGACCGAGAGCGAGAGAAACUUUCGUGAGAAGUACCAGGCGGCGACGCGCAGGAUGGUGCAUCGAAAGAGCAGCGGCGAGAUGUAUAAAAGGAUACAGACCAACAGUUUCGAGAGCGACAAGAGGGUGAUAGUGAAACGUGAGGCUGGAGGGGAGUUCGGGUUUCGCAUACACGGCUCGAAACCGGCGGUGGUGUCCGCCAUCGAGCCGGAUACGCCGGCGGAGAGCUCGGGCCUCGAGAUCGGUGACAUUGUGAUGUCGGUGAACGGGAAAAGUGUCAUGGACGCGACGCACUCGGAAGUCGUCAGGCUUGCGCACUCUGGCACCGACGUCCUUGAACUCGAAGUGGCGAGAACCUGCAACGUAUUGGCACCGAAAGUCGCCAGGUCAGGGGCGAAGGAAGACCCACAGGAGGCGCCCCUCUGUUCCGGCUACCUUUGGAGAAAAUCCACCACAUCCACCAACACGGACAAGUGGGUUCGAAGAUGGUUUGCUCUGCGUCGCGACAACUGCUUCUACUAUUACAAGACUGACGCGGAUUCACAGCCGGUGGGGGCGGUAAUGCUGAUAAAGUACGACGUGGAGCAAACGCCUGAACUGAGGUUGCACAGUUUCGCGAUAAAGAAACAGGGUGCACCGACGCUACGGCUCGCGGCGGACACCGAGGAGGCUGCCAUCCGAUGGACGACUGUCAUUAAGGAAGCCAUCGAGAGGAACGACCAGGUCGACACCUGGCUGGAAGCGUCGUUGAGGAUGCGCGAAAUGGCGGCGUGCGCCAUUCAGAGACCGGAUUGCUUCGGAUACCUGAGCAAGCAGCAAGAGUACGCGAGAAAAACGUCCUCGCCGACCGGAUGGUCCAGACGCUAUUGCGUGCUGAAAGACGCCGCGUUGUAUUUCUACGACGACGCGAACGCGGAGAAGGCGUUCGGCGUCGCCUGCCUUCACGGGUUCAGCGUCCACGGCAGCGCGCCCACUUCCGGCGGCAGGAAGCACGCGUUCGAGCUACAGCCACCGGAUCCCACGCAGAGGAAUUACAUCUUCGCCACAGAAUCCGAAAUGGACAAGAAACGGUGGCUCGCCGCCCUCGAAUAUUCUAUCGAUCGAUGGAUAAAGAUUGGUUGACACAGGCCGAUCUACCGCACGAAGAGGCAAAGAAGUCGAAGCAGCGAAGAUCCAUUAAGGUGUCCUUCGCCUCUUCCUGUUUCCGGUUCCUAACGAACAUUGUCGCAGAUCACAAGCUCACCAACCAUUGUCAUCGUCGUUUCGAUUGUCGCGCGCAAAUUCAUCACGUGGAUCAUGUCGCAAAUACUCUUCAAAUUCGCGAUUCUUCGAAAGUCUUGACACUCGAAACGUUAACCGUGGUUUAGUCACGAACGAAUGCAGGAGAAAAGUCGAAAGCGUGAAUUGUCACCAGGUACGUUAAUUUUGUCGUCACGCUCUCUUACGAAUAUGUUGCUGGGUAAAUAGCUUGUACCGCUUUGUAUAUUUACCGAUAUGUGUUUGCACGAAUUUACAAAACUCGCCUUCACCGAGGACCGGAUCGAAUUCAUCUUGUCCUAGAGAACAAACCAUCCUCGAUUACUCAACUUUUUGUACAGAAUUACGCGAUUCACCCCUCUCUCUCUGUGGCACGUCGAAUUUUCUCAGAUUUUCUCUUCUAGCUGUCGAUAUUUCAGAUUCUCACCGACUUCGUCUCGUUGUUGCAAACGAUCCUGAUCGACGGGUUCACGCGUCUUAUCGGACUCGAUGUCGCAAACACACCUUUAUUACAAUUGCUAGCUAUCAGUGGCGUUCUAUUUAUUACGGAUUAAACGCUGGAAAUGCGAUCGAUACUCGAAGCAACGUUUCUCGAACGCGGUACGCGAUUUAUUUACGAACGUUAACGCUAUAGUUUUGAGAGAAUUUCGAGCAGCAAUCGACUAUUAAAAUUAUUUCUCAUCGAAACGUUUAACGCGCUUUAAAAAAUUAGGUAAUCGGUGGAAACGCUUCCAAAUGCCAAAACCCCUCGGUGCACGUUUCGUCCCUGUUUCGUUUGAUGUUUCAAAAACAUGACCCAUUUUUCACGAAGGGUGUGCGUACAGGGUAAUCUAGAAAAAAGGAUUCCCGGGGAAAAAUAGGAGCGCACAGUACCAAAAAAAAAGUGCACGAAAAAAUUCAAACUUAUGACGUGCAAUUUUUUGUUACCGUUAACUUUCAUCGAACAAUCAAGAGUAUAGUUUUAACGAACAAAUCGGACCCAGUUUCUCGACCUUUGAAUUUAGGUCUUCCAUGAAAAUUGGAAUUUAUACAGUUCCUCUUCCAAAACCAUGUUCUUCGUUCAUUUAUUCACAUAGCGAUCGUAAGCGAAUGACUUCAGAAAAAAUGAAACGCACAAUACUCGGUAUUUGACUAAAAUAAUAUUAUUAUUAAAUCAGCUGGAAAAUAGAUUAGUCGAACCGGCCGUUGAAAAUUGAGAAACGAUGCUUUAAGUAGAUAAUUCCAAGUUACCAGGUCAGGCACAAACGUUAAUAAUCGCGAACACCGUGCUCGCCGUUUAGUAACGAUCGAUAUAUCAAACACGACUUUUGGAUUCCGUUUUUAUACACGUAUUACGUAUUACGACAUUUGCAUACUUUAUUGAUACGCAGGAAUUGAAAUCUUAUUCAUACUUUAACGAGCGUCGAACAUCAAAAGCGAGAAUGAGGAUUGUUUAUUCACCGAUUGUGUCUUGUUAUUAAUUAGAAAAAGAUUACCACGUUCACUUACGGAUAUAGGACUCGAUUUAGCUUUUAAGAAGGUGAAAAAUCGUCCACUGCGUAUUUCACGAAUUCUCCAUAUAUGCGAGUGUUUACCGAAGCGUACAGCAAAGCUACAAGUCGGAAUGGAAUCGACUGGCCACGUUCCACGCGACUUCCCCCGCCACAGUCAACGUGUCAGUUAUCCGGGAGGAAAGAACAGUGCUCGAAACACCUAAUAGGAUUCAAGUUUAAGUAAACCUUAUUGUACGUAUGUAUGUACAAUGGUAUUAGAAAUAUUUUUAAAUAGCGAUUGUUUAUUGUUUUGAUUGGUACUCCAGUAUUUAAAUAUAAAAAAAGAUUAUUACGUAUAUUAAAACGAUUAUGUAGAAUAGCCACUUUAAAACAAAAUUUUGAAAGCCAAACACUGGAUGAAAUUAGGGAAGAAACCUCUUCUAGAAAGUUGUUGUUAAAAGUCUGAAUUUUAUUUAGAAGCAGUCUGAUUUGAUAAAGGCGAAGGAAUAAAAAGAUGGCGGGUAACAGUUCCUCAGCGUCCUCGAAACGGCCAAUCGAUUUCGUUCUGUGAUCAUCCUCGUUAUACCAAUUCCUAGAAGCGAUGCGUUGUUUGUACUUUAUCGUUUGUAAAACCGUUGCCCGGUAUCGAUAAGCGAAUACCUUAGUGUCGUUGCAAGCGUUUAUUAAUUGAAUCGCGACGCACAAAGUGCCAUCGCGAAAACGCGUCGAGGAUGAAGAAAGUCGAGGAAGAGAGGCGUUAGUAUAAGAAUCGUGAAUUGCGACAUCGUCGAAUCGGCUGAAAAUCCCGCGAAACGAAACCAGCGAAACGUUCGUUCGAAUAAAUUAUUGUUUCGUUCGAUCGUGAUCGAGUGUUGAUUUUUGCUAGUCGCGCGAACACGUGAAAGUGAACAGUACAACGUAAGAUUUUUGCGAUCAAGGUAUCGUGAACUGUAGAUAAUUUAAGCGUAGGGCGAAUUGUUUGGAACGGACCGCGAAGAGAACGACGCAAAGAUUAGUUUCUACCGAUCGCUAAUGUUGUCGGCGAAACUGUUCUUGUAAAUAAACAAUUGUGAAUAAGAUUUACGCCAAAUGCAAAUCAACGAACUUUUACUAUAUCAUUGUUCGUGACGAUUCUACGAGCCUCUGGUUUUCGAUCAACCUAUUCUCAGUGUUUCAUUCCCUGAGCAGUUAGUUCCGUCGGGUCAUUUAACCCUUUCAGUCUUUUUUGCAUUUUUUAAGUAUGAAAUUUUAAUAACAUUGAGACUUAAUUUUCUUGAACAUAGUGGACGAGAUAUCUUUUAUUUUAAUCAUAGUCUGUGUUACGAUAGUCUGUGUUAACACGUUAACUGCCACGCCAAUUUUCAGAAACAGAAAUAUUCUAUAAUUCAACGAACAUGUUGUUUUGCAAUAUCUCAAAUUAAAGUUAUUUACGAUUUUACCAAGUAUUAGUAUGGAAAGUGUAAAGUGUCGGUCACCGGUGACCACCGUGGCCAAUCGAUCGAAUUUAUCGAAGUCCGCGACUGAAGAGGGUUAAACGAGCUCCGACAAAAAUUUACGUCGAAACUGAAACGCUCAUCGAAACAAAGUACCUUCAGGAACGUCGUGUUCCGCCAUGAUAGAACGAAAAAUAAAACGAAACACCCGAGUAUGCCAGCCGCGAGGAUUCGAAAUACGGCGGUGAACGCAAGGGGGGAGGGGAUUGACCAAAAAAGAAAAAAAAAAGUAUGCAAUCCGAAUUUUAAUCCCUCGAAGCGAUUUCAUCGACGAGAACGUCGAGAGAUACUCCUGUUUAUAUGUUUUCGUUGGCCCCUCCUCCCUUCGAGCAACUUCGGAGAUCCGCCAUUGGAGGGACUUAAUUGUUCGAGUAUUCCUCGCGUGUAAUAAACGUCAGGAGAGAGAUCCCCCCCCGGAAGAAAAUAUCCCCCCCCCCGUGCGAGUAAACCUUCUUUCGCGUGUUUUGUUGCGUGAUCUCGAGGCAUAGAACGUGAACGCGUAAGGAAUUGCCGUGAUUAUAUUCGCCGUUCGUACCCGCCAAUAUUUGUAUCGGGAUCGAGGGAACGAAAAUGGAGGAAAAAAAAGGUACGAAGGAGGGGAAGAGGGAAUGGGAGAAGAGUCCCGACGAAUUGAUGGGCGAGUUGUCAAAGUUGAUUGCGACAAGAAUCGAUCGAGAGAGACCGUUCCUCUCUCGAGAGGACGAGAAACGCGGAGCAACGAAUGGACGAGACGGAGGGGCACACGCGAUCGUAAACGAGGCGCGUCGAUCGUCCGCGGACGAGCGCGCGAAAUUUCAAACGACAGACCGCUCAAAAGCACACAGAUAAUAAAAUAGGAGGUUUAAUACAAUUGUAGAUUGAAUUGCGUCAAUUAUUUACCCGUCGCCCUUCGAGCUGGUUUGAAGGAUGUUGGAUUUUAUCGCUGUUUAGAUGAACGCGGUGUUCGACCAUAGGUGGUUUUCGUCUCGUCGCAGAAAACCGGAUCGCCGGAUCGUUUUUCACGACCGGUUGCAUUUUCUGUUCGUACCAGAGCGUUUUUUGUUUCUCAGGCGACUUUGUAAAGUUCGAGUUCGAGUUCGUUUUCGUUUUCGUUUACGUUUUCGUCUCUCUGUGGUAUUCGUUAACUUUCGAAUAGUUACUUUGACCGGAAGGAGUCCUUGAAAUUAGGACCACUCCCCCUCAA